AUGGCACAUAUCUACCCCCACUUCCACUAUGAUUCCUUCUUCAAUUCACAGGAUAAGGACCUCCCCCAGAACAUUGAACGAUACCUCUGGCUCAUCCACCCCCAUGAUUACACCAAACUGCAAGAAAAGGAAGAAGGGGCUGAUGACAAGGAAGAAAAAGACAAUGAGGAUAAGGUGGAGGAGGUGGGAAAGAAGGAGUCCGAGGAUUCCAAUUUCGAUGACACUGACGGGAGCCACGAUGGUCUUGGUGAUAAGAAGAAGCCCGCCAAGAAAAGGGUUGAUGCAGAGGAGACUGACGCAAGCAAAAAUGGUCUUGGUGAUGAGAAGGAGCCCACAGAGAAAAAGUUUGAAGCAAAGACUGUGGAACUGGGUACCAUAACGAUGGAGAUGCCACUGCGACGGUUUUACACACCAGACUUCCAGAAUAUCUGUAAGUGCCUCCCCUGA